UUAUUGUUCAUGUCAGAACGGGGGAGGGGAGUGGUUGGUGAGUAGUGAAGUGGCCUUGAGCAGAAAAGCAGUAAGACGACCUUGGGCUGUAACACAGAAAUGUCUUAUCAGGCACUCACAGAUGGGGAGGGUGGUGAUGGGAGGAGGGGGAACAGUUUAAUCCCCUCGGUUACAUUCCCUCCUCUGGUUCUCAUGGUCUUCAAUCUUCAAGACAGAUCUUUAUGUAGGUGGUGGCCCGGACCUCCAGAAUUUUUGAGUUUGCUGACUGGUGUAAGCACGUGCAUUGUAGUAUCGGAGGUUUGUUAAGAGGAAUGCGGUCAGACGUCUGAAGCAUCAUGAUGUUUACAGCUGCUAGGUGAUUUUGAAUUAAGCUUGUAAGACAGUUUAAGAGGCAGGGCAAAAACAGACAGAUUAGUAAAAGAAUUAUCAGCUGAGUAACAAGAAGCCAGAACCAAUGAAAACUGGGAAACAGGGAAAUUACCUGUGACCACCAACCAAUCAGACGGAGUUUCUAGCUGCUGUAAAAAGAGAAGAACACAAUGAUUGCCAAGACAGUAAAGGCAAUGUAAACAUUAUGAGCACUAUUAUGAUGGAGGGUCUCCGGGUUGAAGAGGCACAGGUUUGCAGCAGAACUUGGUCACCAGGCUGGAAGGGUGAAGCGGGGCAUCAACAGGAUAUUUCAGAGGGCUAAGAGCAUACCUGUGAAUAGAAGACACAACACCCAACAAAACAACAAAUAUUUUCAGAGAGUGAGCUCCCUGGUGACAGAAACCUGAGUACUGGUUAAAGAAGGGAGAGGGCAGUGGAAUUUGCUCCAAGUAGAGAAGGUUAAUUGUGCAAAAUGCAAGGAGGAAGAAGCAGCCGAGAGAGGAGUUGGUGAGUCAGAAGAGAGAAGCUGCACAGCCUGGCUAGCAAGUGAGCCUCUUUCUAAAGCCCAGGGGAAGCCUAAGCCAUUCACAAGGUCUUCAACUUCUGCCCAAUGAUGCUUCCCAAACAAAGUAGGCUGCUGCUGUUCCUGAUUUCCCAGGUGGUGAUCUUUGCUCUGUUCUUCCAGCUGUACAGUUACAACCCUAGCUCUCUGCCUUCAGAGGAGGAUCCCAAGCCUGUGCACGUGUUGAUACUGUCUUCAUGGCGUUCGGGCUCAUCCUUUGUCGGACAGGUUUUCGGGCAGCACCCGGAUGUCUUCUACCUGAUGGAGCCCGCCUGGCAUGUCUGGAUGAGCUUUACCCAGAGCACUGCCUUGAGGCUGCACAUGGCGGUGAGGGACCUGGUACGCUCCGUCUUUCAUUGUGACAUGAGUGUCUUUGAUGCCUACAUGCAACCUGGUCCCCGGAGACAGUCCACCCUCUUCCAGUGGGAGACCAGCCGGGCCCUGUGUUCCCCACCUGCCUGCAAUGUCAUCCCGAGAGGUAGAAUCAUUUCCCAGGCUCACUGCAAGAUUCUAUGCAAUCAACAGCCCUUUGAGAUGGUGGAGAAGACCUGCCGCUCCUACAACCACGUGGUGCUCAAGGAGGUGCGCUUCUUCAAUCUGAAGUCUCUCUACCCACUGCUAACAGACCCAUCCCUCAACCUGUACAUUGUGCACCUGGUCCGGGAUCCCCGGGCUGUGUUCUCUUCCCGAGAGCGCACCACGUCGGAACUCGAGACCGACAGCCGCAUUGUAUUAGGGGAGAAGUGGCAACAACUCAAGGAGGAAGACCGGCCCUACCAUUUGAUGCAGACCAUCUGCAAAAGCCAGCAGGAGAUCUUCGAGGCCAUCCAGCUUUUGCCCAAAGCCCUGCAGCAGCGCUACCUGCUUGUGCGCUAUGAGGACCUGGUCCGGGCACCCCAGGCCCAGACUUCUCAAAUGUAUGACUUUGUAGGGUUGAAAUUCUUUCCCUGGCUCCAGACCUGGGUUCAAAACAUCACCCAAGGCAAGGGCAUGGGUGAUCACGCUUUCCACACAAAUGCUAGGAAUGCCCUCAAUGUCUCCCAGGCCUGGCGCUGGACCUUGCCUUUCAAAAAGGUUAUUCGACUUCAGAAAAUCUGUUCUGAUACCAUGAAUUUGCUGGGGUACCGCCACGUCAUGUCUGAGCAACAGCAGAGAAACCUGUCACUGGAUACUCUGUCUACCUGGCUCUUUUCCAAACAAGACUCCCUAAAGGGUUGAGGUGGCUCUGUCCCCACCCAGGACCAACCUCAGCCAUGUUAACUGAAUGUUUCUGAGCCUUGACUAUGUCCCUGUAGGUAUCCAUGUGAGCAUGCGUUUUGCCCACGCAUGCUCAAGCAGAGAAAUCUUUGUGUUUGUACUCAUGAUGAAAAAAUAAGACUCAGGGUAAAGAACUCAAUAAUAAAACAAAUCUAAAAGACUUAAAACAUGGAAACAGAGAUGUUAAUCUAUAAAUGAUGACAAUGUCAAAACAAUUAAAAGGGGAAUAAACGACGCACGUAUAGAACUUUCAAAUGGAGAGGAAGUCAAGGCGAUACCAAAGUAAUAAAAG